AUGCCAACAACCAGAGGAGUUGAUCCAGCCAAGACACCCAAGCCAUGCGCACACAAGCAGGUCACUGCGGAUGACCUGACGCAACUUGGCCCGGCCUUGUAUGAGUGCAUGGAGCAUGUGAUCGAAGGAUCUGUUGAGAAGACUGACCGCAGCUUUAUGAAGAUCAGCAAGCUUGCCUCCGUAGUGGACGGGCCACUGCAGCGUCUGUCCAGGAUAAUCGCCCACAGCUUAGCCCGCCGCCUUAUAUGCCCCGUCCAGGGCUUUGCUGCUGCCCUCAUCGAUCCAUCGCACUACCUCGAGCAGUCCUGCCUCCGGGCUGCCCGCGAGAACUUCGCCGACAUCAGCCCCUACCUCAGCACUGGCUUUGUCACUAUUAACCGGGCUAUGCUGGAGCAAGUCCAGGAUCGAAAGGUUGUCCGCAUCGUUGACUUGUCCUGCUCAACCACCCACCAGUGGCAGUGGAUCAAGAUUCUUCAGGAUUUCCAUAGCCGCCCUGGGGGCCCGCCCGAACUACGCCUAACUGUUGUCCAUGAAGACAGUGAGUUCCUGGACAACAUGCAGGCGUGCCUGUGCAAGCAAGCUGCUAACCUCAAGCUAUGUUUUUAUUUCGACAAGGUGAUUGGCAAACUCGAGACAUUGGACUUCAGCAAUCUCCGCGAGAUCCUUAAGAUAAACUUCGGUGAGGCGGUUGUGAUCAGCUGUGCUCUACAGAUGCAUCGCCUCCUCGCGGUUGAUGACAGCAUAAGCCGUGACUUCACUGCUCAGCUCCAGCAAAUGGCAAACAUGGCUCGGCUUAAGCAAAUGGCCUGCUCAGCGUGCAGUCCAGCAUCGACACUGAACUAUCCGCAGACACCAUCCCCUCAACGCCAGAUACCAAGCCUGCUGGUGAGCUUCCUCUACGCCAUCCGUGCCCUUGACCCGAAGAUCAUUGUGAUGAUGGAGCAAGACGCGGACCACAACUCCCCGCUGUUCCACGAUCGGUUCACCAAGACAGUCGACUACUACGCCGCCCUCUUCGACAGCCUCAAUGCGGUGGAUGCAGCCAGCCCGCAGAGGGCUCGCGUGGAGAGGGUGCUCCUUGGGGAGGAGAUCAAGAAUAUACUGGUGUGUGACGGGGUCCACCGGCAUGAGCGGCAUGAGAGGCUGAGCCAGUGGGAAAUGCACAUGCAGCGUUGCGAGGUUGACCAUGUGCCGCUCAGCUUUGAAGCCAUCAGGGAGGGCAAGGAGAGGCUGAUGAGCUACGGAUUGAAACAAUGCAAGAGCAAAGAAGACAAGGCCGGCCUUCUGCUGUGCUGGGGUACAACUCGUCUGUACUCCAUUUCAGCCUGGAGACCACACAGCUCGAAUGCGGCGCCAAAUAAUGUGGCUGGCUAG